AUGAUUUCAACCAAGCUAUCAACCGCCGCGCGCGCGGCUGCUACUCGGCCUAGCGCUCCGGUCCUCAAAGGCAUCCAAAGCUCUCGGGCCGUUUCAUACUCGGCUUUACCGACUAAAACUUUGAAGUUAUCCUCUAGCCACUGCAGCGCUAUUCAGAACUCUCACCUUCCCGUGUCCCAGCUCCUCUCGCCGUUCGCCGCUCUUCCGUUGACUAGAUCUUUCCACGUUGCCCACUCCCUUUUCCAACAACAGCAACAGCCAAAGGAGGAAAAGAAGGGCGAGGAGUCUAAGUCUCAAUCUGGAAAUCAGGAAUCUAAAGAGGGCGAAGAAGGAGAGAAGAAGGAGAAAAAAGAAGAUGCUCCUCCACCGCCACCUCACGGAGAUAAGUCUCCUUGGCAAGUGUUCCGCGAAACUCUCCAGACCGAGUUCAAGGCAUCCAAGGAGUGGAACGAAUCCACAAAAGCUCUGGCGUCUUCGGCGCAUCAAUUCUCGGAAAACGAGAACAUUAAGCGUGCUCGUGAAGCGUACCAGGCGGCAUCUGGGGCAGCCACAACCCGUACUGGGGCAGCUCUCAAAUCCACCGGUCAGGUUAUUGGAAAGAGUGCGGCAUGGACUUGGAACACUCCGGUCGUGAAGGGCGUCCGCAAGGGUGUCAAUGCCACGGGUGCAGGCCUUGAGAAGGCCACCAGACCUGUUCGUGAAACCGAAGCUUACAAAAGUGUUAAAGACGCCAUCGACGAUGGCAGUAGCUCUCGCUAUGGUGGGUGGGUCGAAAAGGAAGAGCGACGGAAACGCCGCGAGGAGUUCGAAGCCAAAGCCGGAACUAAAACGAAGGUCGAGGUUCCAGUCGAGGACCCCAAUGCCGGUACCAAUGUCACCAUCCACAAAGAUGCUGCCUGGAAAGAAUCCUGGCGCACAUUCCGCGACUCAAGCCCUGUGAUGCAGAAGCUUUUCACAGCACGAGAGGUUUACGAGGAGUCUGAGAACCCCCUUAUCAGCACAGCGCGCAGUAUUACGGAUCGCAUUGGUGGCUUCUUUGCUGAAAAUGAAACUGCUCAGGUCGUCAAGAAAUUCCGUGAAAUUGACCCCAAUUUCCAAAUGGAGGAAUUCCUGCGUGAGUUGCGUGAAUAUAUGCUUCCAGAAGUUCUAGAUGCAUAUGUGAAGGGUGACAUUGAUACCCUGAAGCUCUGGCUUUCGGAUGCCCAGUUCUCUGUCUACGCUGCUCUCGCCAAGCAAUACACCACAGCCGGUCUGCGUUCAGAUGGCCGCAUUCUAGAUGUUCGUGGUGUUGACGUUUCUCAUGCUCGUCUCCUGGACCCUGGUGACAUUCCUGUGUUUGUUGUUACCUGUCGUGCCCAGGAAGUUCAUGUUUACCGCAACGUGAAGACUGGCAAGCUUGCGGCUGGUAUGGAGGACAAGGUUCAGCUGGUGACAUACGCUAUCGGCAUGACCCGAAUCCCGGACGAAGUCAACAACCCCGAGACCCGUGGCUGGAGACUGAUUGAGCUGCAGAAGGCUGCCCGUGACUACAUCUAA